CCGGUUGUGUAAACAACAGCGUUAAUGUGUUAUUUUUUUAUUUUUCAUUAUUUUUAUUUAAUUAAUUAUUAUAGUAGUAUAGUAGUUUAUAUUACUUUAAAAAUAAGUAAUUUUUUUAUUAAAUUUUUCACUAUGUCAGAUGCAAAAUUAAUUAAAAAUAUUCAAAGUACAUUCUCAAUGUAUGGCUUUAAUAUUACGAGAGAUAUAAGUACAUAUAUAGCUCGACAACUGAAGACUGUGAGUGCUGAUGAACGAGAAGUUUGGUUAAUAAAUAUCACAGAUCAACUCUCAAAUUUGAAUUUAUCUACACCACACAUCACAUUAGAACAUGUUAAAGAAGCGAUCAAAGAAUGCUUACGACCAGAUGAUGCCUUACAUGAAUCAGAAACUAUAUUUAACGUGAUAAAUAUGUUCAACAUCCCUAAAGUGAUAUAUGACAUCGAUAAAAAAAAAUUAACCCUGCAAAAAGUAUCAUCAGAGUUAUUCGUUGAUGCCAUUCACAAAUCAAGUAUUUUUAGAGAUCGAUUAAGUUUACUAAAAUACGUGACUUUAAAACAAGAGCCAUUUGCUCCUAAAAAAAUUAGAGAGAUAAGUGAGGAAAAGUAUGAACUGACUUCGAUAGAGCAAUUACUUAGCAAUUGUAGAAAUGGUGAUGUUUUCGUAAUGGGAAUUUUAUCACAACUCACAGAAGGACAGUAUUAUUUGGAAGAUGCUGGUGGUGCUAUCAAAGUCGAUUUAAAACAAGCAACUUUUGCACCCGGUCUUAUUGCAGAAGGAUGCAUCGUAAUAGUUAAUGGUAUUUAUAAUGAAGGAAUAUUAGAAGUUAGUGAAAUAGGUCUCCCUCCAGCAGAACCAUCAGCCGAUGCAAGAAUAGGCUUUGGAGCAGAUAAUACCUUUGGCGGCCCUCAUAAAACAUCAUUGAAGUUCUCGGAAAAACUCAAAGCAUACGAACAAUCUCAUAGCGGAGAUAUGAUUGUUUUUAUAUCAGACGUAUGGCUGGAUAAUUCAGACGUUUUAAAUAAAUUGAAAGUCAUCAUAGAUGGAUAUUCAGAAGAUCCUCCAGUGGCCUUUGUACUCUGUGGUCACUUUUUAUCAUCUCCACCAAGUAACACUAGCGUACAAAAAUUAAAAGAAGGCUUUACUAAUUUGGCAAAAAUAAUUCAAGAAUAUCCAGACGUUCGUCAAUACUCUAAAUUUGUAUUUGUUCCGGGACCUUUGGACUUGGGAGCUCCAAAAAUAUUGCCUAGAGGUCCUUUACCCAAGACUCUUCUUAAUGAUUUCAUCAGAUUAGUACCUGGCACAAUAUUUGCUAGCAAUCCGUGCAGAAUUCAGUAUUGUACAAAAGAAAUUGUUGUACUAAGAGAAGAUAUUUUAACAAAAUUUUGUAGACAUACAUUGAAGUACCCUGAACAUGGUCAUGUAUGGAAUCACUAUGCAAGAUCUAUUAUUUGUCAAUCACACUUGGCUCCAAUGAAUUUGCCAGUAGUUCCAGUUUAUUGGAAGCACGAUCACACUUUGCAAUUAUACCCAACCCCUGAUCUCAUUGUUAUAGCUGAUCAGUUUCAAACUUAUUCAACCAGUUACAGUGAUUGCAAAGUAAUUAAUCCGGGGACAUUUCUUAGGAGUAAUUUUGCAUUCAAAGUUUAUAAACCUGGGAUGAAUGAAAUAGAGGAAUGUGAAGUUCCAGCUGAUGACGGUAUGUGAAUAAAAUAAAUAAUUUACGAAUUUUUUAAACAAAAAAAUUAAUUUAAAAUUAUUUCGUGAGCCUCUGUACAAUAUUUAUUUUUUACGCGUAAUAAAAUUUUCAUUACUUUUACAA